AUUUAUCAUAACGUAAUUUCCUGGACACUCCCAACUUGAGACUGAAAGCUGGGCGAAAGUGGUUUCUGAAGCUAACCUAAAAGACAAAAUGGUCUAGAGUCACCUUUUCCCCGCAAAUAACAGAGGAUUAAGAAUCUGAAAUCUUGAAGCCUCCAGGACCACGGUCGAAGCCCUCAGCAGAAAUUUCUGCUGGAGGCCGGAGCGCCUUUUGAUUUCGGGAGACUGGCCCAGGAACUCUAGUCACUUGGAAGGCGGAAGAGAAGGUGGUACCUGAGCCAGGUAGGAGCCACUCAGAGGCAGCCCGGGGCCGCCACUCACCUCAGAGAGGAGGUGGAGUCCGAUGACCCGGACUGAGAGGAAACGCGAGACUGAGUCUACCAGGUGAGGUAAAAAACACCCACCUGCUCACCUCGGAAGGGGCGGGCGAGGUGCGGCUCCCGGUGAGCCGCGGGGGUGGAGCGCACCUGGGCGGAGGCGGAACUGGGGGGUGUGGGCACUGCUCGUAGGGCCUGGAACUAAAUUCACCUGUGAGGGAGGCAGAGGCGGGGCCUGGGCAAAAACCCACCUGAGCCGGCGGGAAGCCCGACCCGAGAGCAGUCCCCGGGCUCGCGCGGCGCGGAGGGGGAGGCGUCCCGCGGCGGGGCCCCCCUCGGUCAGCCCGCGCGUCGGUCCCCCCCUCGGUCAGCCCGCGCGUCGGUCCCCGCGCGGCCGCCAUGACCUGGAGCGCCACGGCCCGGGGCGCCCACCAGCCCGACAACACCGCCUUCACGCAGCAGCGCCUCCCCGCCUGGCAGCCGCUGCUGUCGGCCAGCAUUGCGCUGCCGCUCUUCUUCUGCGCGGGCCUGGCCUUCAUCGGCCUGGGCCUGGGCCUCUACUACUCCUCCAACGGCAUCAAGGAGCUGGAGUACGACUACACAGGCGACCCGGGUACCGGCAACUGCUCGGUGUGCGCCGCGGCCGGCCAGGGCCGGGCGCCGCCGCCCCCCUGCUCGUGCGCCUGGUACUUCUCGCUGCCCGAGCUCUUCCAGGGCCCCGUGUACCUCUACUACGAGCUGACAAACUUCUACCAGAACAACCGGCGCUACGGCGUGUCCCGCGACGACGCGCAGCUGAGCGGACUGCCCAGCGCGCUGCGCCACCCGGUCAACGAGUGCGCCCCCUACCAGCGCAGCGCGGCCGGCCUGCCCAUCGCGCCCUGCGGCGCCAUCGCCAACAGCCUCUUCAACGACUCCUUCUCGCUUUGGCACCAGCGCCAGCCCGGCGGGCCCUACGUCGAGGUGCCGCUCGACCGCUCCGGCAUCGCCUGGUGGACCGACUACCACGUCAAGUUCCGCAACCCGCCGCUGGUCAACGGCAGCCUGGCGUUGGCCUUCCAGGGCACGGCGCCCCCGCCCAACUGGCGCCGGCCGGUCUACGAGCUCAGCCCCGACCCCAACAACACCGGCUUCAUCAAUCAGGACUUCGUGGUGUGGAUGCGCACGGCGGCGCUGCCCACGUUCCGCAAGCUGUACGCGCGCAUCCGCCAGGGCAACUACUCGGCCGGGCUGCCGCGGGGCGCCUACCGCGUCAACAUCACCUACAACUACCCGGUGCGCGCGUUCGGCGGCCACAAGCUCCUCAUCUUCAGCAGCAUCUCGUGGAUGGGUGGCAAGAACCCCUUCCUGGGCAUCGCCUACCUGGUCGUCGGCUCCCUCUGCAUCCUCACCGGCUUUGUCAUGCUGGUCGUCUACAUUCGCUACCAGGACCAGGACGACGACGACGAGGAGUGAUUCCGGCUUUCCAGGGACCCCUCCUGCUUCUUGCCAAAACUCUUGCGAGGUGCUUUUGGCAUCUCCUCCUCGCCCCUCGCCCAGUUCCAACCUCGCCUCGCUUUUCCUCCCUUUGUGAAUGAGGGGACCAGAGAAGGGAAUUACCCGCCUUGCUCUUGGGGGGCUGCUACUGUCUUGCCCCGGGGGAGGGAUGUUGACUGCAGAGUGAAACAUCCUUGCAAACUCUUCUCACCUCCUUCACGACACCGAGUUGCCAUGUGAGGUUCUUCAAGUCUGAGAGUGGAAGGGAUCCCUGUGGAGACUCCUGUUCAACCCCUAUUAGAGGAAGAGAUUGAGAGACCUAGCAAUGUGAAGUAACAAAGAUCAGGCAGCUGCAAGUGACUCCUGACUCUUGAGUCCAGAGCUUUUGCCACUACGGUACAGUGGUUUUCUUUUCUUUGGUGGGGGCAGUGGGCUGGAAUGGAGAGUGAGGCCCACAAAUUACCUGCAGAGACGUGGAGGCGUGAGGGAGAACAUGCUUGUUAAAUAUGCAGGUAGAUUAGGAGACACCAAACGGAGAUGCAGACACAUUAAGACUGGGAUGAGAUCCUCGAAGCUGUGUUUUAACAAACUCCUCUGGAGAGUCCCAUAUUCCCUCCAGUUUGGGAAUCACGACCCUGAACCAGGUUGGGCCUGAAGCAGUCAACUGAGUUCACUUUUUCGGAUAGUAAUUUGUUCCCAGGGGCAGUGACAACCAUGAUGUUCCAGGUUUGGUCUGGCACUCUGCCUUGAACGUAGGAAGCUCUUGAUGACUUGUGGAAUGAAUUUUUUAAAAAUCACUAUCGGGAAAACUAGUUGGCAUACAGAGUUAUAGGACAGGGUUUAUGUUAUUCUUUUGAUAUGUUAGUAUUUUGGUAUAAAAGCCAACAGGCAAACUUUGCCAGGUACUGUGUAGAAACUCGAAAAUGUGAGGCAAGUUUGUACAGUUCAGAGGAAAUGCUUUAACGUAGAAUCAGAUAGCUGGAAGAUAUCUUCGAGGGAAAGUAAGUUCCCUAAAGUCACAUCUAUGCCUCCUAGCUCAGUCUUCUUUGUCAUUGUGUGUGUGUGUGUGUGUGUGUGUGUGAGAUUAGAAAGGGCUUCAUUCAUACCUUUUCCCUUGGACCUGGAAAAAAAAUUUUUUUAUCUUUUCAAAUGAAAUCUGUUGAUUUCUAGUAAUCAUAUUUGAAUCAAUGCUAAGGCAUAUAUAGUCUUAUAUGUAAACUAGAUUAAGAUUAUUUGAACCUUUGAGAUGACGUUAACACUCAACUAAAAUCAUUCAAUUGAUUUUAUUGAUUGAGUAACAUCAAUCAGUAUGUUUAAAGUUAUUUUAAGAAGCAGUAGUUUUAUUUUUAAAAACCUUGUAUGGCAAAAUAACUUAAAACCCUUUGUGAUAUCAUCUUCCCAGUUUAUUUGGUAAAAGCAAACAGUUAUUUGGUAUUUGUCAGAAUUCUUUGGUGCCUGCUAUUACAGCUAUUUUCCAAUUACUAAUUUGAUUAUACUCACUUAAGGCAGUGAAAGAUCUUGAAGUAUUUUUUAGCAGUUAAGUAAUAUUCAAUUGUAUCGAAUAGUUUACAUAGUUUAUUCUAGUCUUUGAAAAUUACUGAACAAUGGACAAUGUGCAUGUCAUUGAUAUCUGCCUUAGAACUUCUGGGACAAUCCUGAUUCAAGAGAUUCUAUCCCAUUAUUUACAUAUACCAAAAAUACUUUGUUAAUUCAAUGUGUUGGCUUCCCAACUCCUGAACACGACACAAAUUUUAUUAUUAGAUUUUGUAUGGUGAUUUUAGGCUAUGAAAACAUGAUCAUUAUAUGUACAUAGAGAAAUUUUUAUUUGUUACAAAUGUUUGAGCAGCUCACUAGCCCACCCCUCCUCUAUUUUGGGUAAGAGAAUUUGCUACAUUUUUUUACUAUGUAGUUGAGAGCAACAUGUAUUUUGUUAUUUUUAGAAUGAUCAGUAUAUCACUAUAAAAUUUUAAAUGAGACUAUGAAAGUUAAAGUAUUCUGAUUCUGAUUAAAUUAACGAAUAUGGUUCCAGGCCCUGUUCUCCGGGUUUUUGAGAGAGAAUAAAGGUUAUGUUUGUCUUACCUUUGUUACCGAGUUUGCUUAAUUCUUUUGAACUAUGAUCUUAAAGGCACAAACAGCCCUAGCCACUUUGCUAAUUUCUUAAUAGCAGAUUUACAUUGCAGCAAGAAAACCAUCUUUUAUAAUAACAUUCAGUUAAAAUGAACUCAAUUCGUUGUUAACUUCCUAAAACAGAAUUUGAACUUUAUCAACCUCAACAUGUAUAUAAACUAGAUAGUCCUCAAAUACUGUUUGAAUUUAAUAAAUGUCAAUUAAAAAUUUUU